GGUACGACGAAAGACCGGCACUCUGCGCCGGAGGCAUGGGAUCAAUUGAAGCUAUACAAUUCGGCGGUGCUGUUCGACGUGACUCUGCUCUGGGACAGCUGGGCGUUGGGGCAUCUGAUCUUCACGAUGCUGACUGGGGCCUUCCCAUUCCCAUCAUCCCACACGUUCGAUUGUCGCCGGGAUGAGAUUAACUGGAAUCUAUUGGAAACGAUCGUGCAGCAGCCGCAAGCUGUUUCAUUCGUCAGGGUCUUCCUCUGCGUUGAUUUCGAACAACGACUGAGGAUAUCGGACACAUUAUCACAUCCAUGGUUGAAAGCAUUCAACGCGCGCAAGCGGCCGUUUAAGAAAGCCGAUCUGCCCAUUGCUUUGGCCGCAAAAUUCUGCAUGACAGUCAAGUUAUCGAUAAUCAUCUCGUCACACCACGCUCCUUAACUUAGACUUGUAUAACGUCAAAAAUCUUGUAAAAACCCUGUGCUCGCAUUGAUCAUCCAAGGAUUCGAAAGAUGAUCAUGCGCUCAUUUGUCUCGUGGUCAUGA